AUGAGCUCCCUCAACGAGAUCUUUGGCGACGGCCACAAUGCUUACUUCUCCAAUGGUCCGAUUGCUCGGCUGUCCUUUCUCCGCCUCCAACAUGCUCAGCUCGACAAAGCUCUCACAUCUAGAACGGCCAAGAUCCUGACCUUUGACGAGCUGAAUCCUCUGCGUGGCUCAGAUGGCCGACUCGCCUUUUUGAAGUAUGAGGAUGUCUCAGACAGCAUUGGUAGGCCAUACGAGAAGGACGAGAAGGCUCGGAUAGCUGACUUCGACCCGUCGGCUCACCAUCCGACGUUGAUCUUCCUCGGUUUGGACUUGACUUCGUCAGGAGAUCGCUUUGGUGAGCAUAGCGGCGUGCCUUACUUUGCUCUGGAUAUCAGUGGAGGCCAUUACGAGGCUUUGAGGUCGUCGGUGACGGCGCAAGGGCUGAAAUAUGCUCCGACUCGAGUCGAUCUAACGCUGCCGCACGAGCAGUCGGCAAUAUACAGCCAUGCACGGUCACUGCUGGACUGGAAUGCCCGAAACAGGUUCUGCUCAAGCUGCGGGGGCCGGACUAUGUCUACGCAUGGUGGAGCGAAGGUCGUGUGUCCUCCGGCGGAUAAUGGUGUGCCUCGAAAACGCGCGUGUCCGACGAGGGUCGGCUUGCAUAAUCAUCAAUUUCCGCGGACCGAUCCGACGGUUGUGAUCGCGCCGAUAUCUGCGGAUGCAAAGAGGAUAUUGCUUGGUAGAGGGAAGAGAUGGCCAGAGAACUACUUCUCAUGUCUGUCGGGGUUUGUUGAGCCCGGCGAGAGCUUGGAGACUGCCACACGGAGGGAGGCGUACGAGGAGACUGGUGUCAAGAUUGAUCGAGUCCAGCUGCACUCGAGCCAGCCGUGGCCAUACCCCUCAACGAUGCUGAUUGGCGCGAUGGGGCAAUGUGUUGAGGGUGGAGAGGAUAUCACGUACCCGGAGACCGAGCUGGAGGAGGCUAAGUGGUUCGAGCUUGCGGAGGUCGAGCAUGCGCUGAACGAAGGCGCAAAUCCGAUGUGGGAACCGCCGAUCAAAGGCUAUGUUGGACCUCGGGUGCCGCCGAGCCAACUGAUGGCGCACCAGUUGUUGCGCGGGGUGUUGAAGUUAUUUAGGAAGUAG